AUGGCACUUAGCCUUGGAAAUGCUGCAGCAUUCGCAUCGUUAGCAUAUGGUGUCGCUGCCACCACCUGGGGAUUCAUGAUGGCUUCGCCUCCGACACCGACGGACGUCGUAGAGCCUGUAGCGGUCUACGUUGAAGCGCCCCGCGACAAAGAGACGCAUGUUGGCCGCUCUAAUUGUUUGAACAAUACGCUUCUCAACAGCAUCGGAGUCGACGGCGUCACUCUCAGUGAAAGUCAAGCGAUUGAGAUAGAGACAGCAACAGCCGCCGAGGCUUCCAUCGAACCCACCAUCAACGCUACGAUCCCCUCGGAGGAAUAUGCGUAUGUCACAGAAACAACUGGACACGGACGUAGUAUGCCACAUGAACGCGAAACCGUCACAACGUCCAACACAAAGAGCGACUGGCGUGGCAUCAAUGAGUACCUCAUAACAGCGCUUGUCAUGAGCUUCAUUGGCAUUGUCCUUUCGUACGGCAAGCUCGCUCGAAUCGAGAAGGCUCUACAGCAAGCUGCUGAUAUGAAAGCAGAUCUAGGAAAAGAUCAUAUGCUAAAGAAUUGUGGAAAGCAGGACGAAGAAAUCCAAGAGCCUGUUACUACAGACACAACACCGAUUGGUCUUAAGCCCAUUAUGCGACAGCUUGAGGAGCUUCGAAAUAAUCAAGCAGAGCAAGACAAGAAGAUCGAGGCUCUAGAACAAGCUAAUAAAGCGAAAGAUGCAAAGAUUGCAGACCAGGAGCGGCGCUUGAACAAGCGCUUCGAGAAGGAAAACACUGGUGAACCUACACCUGAACCUGUUGAUCUCGCCUCUCAAGAGGUUUCCAAAGAUGAAAUGAUACAAGACAUCAUCACGCAAAUUCGAGACAUGGUCCAGAACGAUCCAAAGUCUAUAAUCACAGCCCCAUCUACGGGCGCUCUCAAAGACCUCCUGCGGCCACUGGACUCUCGUGUGGACGGCAUAUCAAAGCGGCUCGAGGAACAGCUGAAGAAGUUUUGGCUUAUGGUUUGGGAGAACAAAUCGUCCAAUCUGCAACAUCUCGCGAAGGUCAACGCUCAAGUCGAUUCCAUGGACGAAGACAUCGCCUUGAAAGUAUCGGAUUUCAUGACGGUGAAGGACCAAAGCACAGGAACUGCUAAUGAUAUUCUACGGUUUUUAAUCAGAUUGAGGGCCGUAGAAGAUGUGUUGAUUGAUAGAGGCCUUUUGCCCCCUCGUAUUCCUCCUCCUCCAGCUCCAGCUCCAACUCCACAGCCGCAGUACGCACCCUUCCCCACUCCAUCAUCGGAGCCAUCAUACGGAAAUCAUGCUCAUCAGUAUGAUAUGAACCCGGAUGAUAAUGUACCAGAUCGCGAUUAUUACAAUGACGAAAGCGCCACACUAGCUAGCGACGGAGAGGACCAGAGUCCUGUCCCAGCCGCGCCACAUAACGAGUUCCAAGACCUCGGUUCUCCCCACUUAUACGAUCAGAAUCCGCAGACGGAUUUCGAACAGCCCGUCCAUCAAAGUAUCCCAGCAUGGCAUUUUGGUGGACCACAAGAAAAGGAGUUUACCUUCACGAGUGGUAACACAUUCACGUUCCAGCCAGCUGAAGCCACAGCGCCACAGACGGGCGAUGAUGAAGAGCAUGUUGCGAAGCCAGCUUCCAAAUCGCCGUUCGACUUCUCGGUGCCAGCCAGCUUCAAAUUCAACGCGGAGGCAGUGCCGCAACAGUCGAGCCAGCCUGUCAACAGCGAUCUGUUUUCAUUCUUGACACGUUCGGAUGCUGACGAUACGAAAGAGCACGAGUGA